AUGAGUACCAAAAACCGAUCAUGCUGUUUCAGGGAGGAGACGUGUGCACGCCUAGCCAAGGAGCUCGGCUAUCGAGUCGUCGAGCCGUUUGACGAUCCGAAUGUUAUUUGUGGACAGCUGAAAUCAUCGAACAAGUUCCGGACGCCGACGCCAAUCUUCCUUGCCGUUGGUGGAGGUGGAAUGGCAAGUGGUGUGACUGCAUAUGUUACCGAAGUUCGACCAGAUAUCAGAAUAUUUCUCGUCGAGCCGGUGGGGAAGGAUUUGGCCGCAUAUCUGGCCAAUGGAGAAAUCACAACCGAGAGAGAUGUGGUUGAUACCAUUGCUGACGGAAUCAGGGUACUUAGAGUAGGCGACAACUGCUACCCCAUACUUAAGAAAUCUUGUACGGACAAAAUCAUUCACUGUGGCAAGUUGUCAACAAUGAGACAUUUCCAGACAGAAGACGAGAUUCGGGCCGCUUUGAAACUGAUUUGGACGCGAACUAAGCAACGUGUUGAACCGUCAGCAGCGGUGCCGCUGGCGGGACUCUUGAAAGUUUCUCCAGCCGAGCUUGGCAUCAAGAAAGCGGUCCUGCUCCUUUGUGGCGGCAACGUGGAUCUUGAUUUUGUACCGUAA